GGAGAGCACACUGCUUGUUGAGAGCACAGGAUGGGACUAAACCACAGAAGUUCCUCCGGGGGAUUCCCAGGUGCCUGAGUAGCCUACAGAAGGUGCUGCUUGGUCUCUGAGUCACUGUCUCCCCUGUCUCGACCCCUGGUUCCUACCCCUCCUUGCGUUUGCUUUGGCAAGCAGGCCAGCCCAGAGCCACUUACUAUUUUAAUUCUGGAACAGUGCUGAAAUCAUCAUCCCUGUUCUCCUCUGUCAUCCAUCUCAAUGGGAAGUGAAAUACGUGACUGACUACUGUGGGGAUCCUCCCUGCUGUUUGCCUCUUGACCUUUGAACUGGCACCUGUGUGAACCUGUGUUCUAUCCUCAAGGUGACUCCGCUCUGAAUAUCUUUUUGGAGACAUUUUAGAAACAUUGUGGAGACAUUUUUGGAAACGUUCUGGAAACAUUGUUGACACGGUGUUAGGCCUCGCCUAGUUGUUGAUGUUUCCAUGCAAGCUGUUUGUCUGAGACUGAUAAAAUUUUUGUUUUAAGUCUAUUGAAACUGACAACCUAAGCCAUAUCUCUUGGUUUGAGAGCACACUUUCUGAAAUAUCACACACACAUCUCAAGUUUCCUGUAUCUUGGUCCUGGAGGCUGAAGCUUGUGUCACCAUGGCGACGGAUUCUCCCAACCCCUCUCUGAGGUCCAGAGUUACCAUGACGACGGGCAAGGACUCCUACAUGAGCACGUCUAGCCUCCCCUGCUGCCACUUCCUGUCAGCUAACACCAUCAUCAACGUGGUGGAGAAAUGCAUGAACUCCAUGCAGACAGGGACCCAGAUGGUGAAGCUCCGGGGCGGCUCCAGAGGACUGGUGCGCUACUUUUACCUGGACCAACACAAGUCCUGCAUCCGUUGGCGGCCCUCGCGCAAGAACGAGAAGGCCAAGAUCUCCAUCGACUCCAUCCGAGAGGUGUGCGAGGGUAAGCAGUCUGAGAUCUUCCAGCGCUACUCCGAGGGCAGCUUUGAUCCCAACUGCUGUUUCAGCCUGUACUAUGGGGAGCGCUUGGAGUCCCUGGACUUGGUCUCCAGUACGGGCGAGGAAGCACGCACCUGGAUCACCGGUCUCAAGUACCUGGUGGCGGGCAUCAGCGACGAGGACAGCCUGGCCAAGAGGCAGCGCACCCGUGACCAGUGGCUGAAGCAGACGUUUACGGAGGCAGAUAAGAACGGCGAUGGAAGCCUGAGCAUCAGCGAGGUCUUGCACCUCCUACACAAGCUGAACGUCAACCUGCCCCGCCAGAAAGUCAAGCAAAUGUUUAAGGAGGCAGACACUGAUGACAACCAGGGCACCCUGGGCUUUGAGGAGUUUUGUUCCUUCUACAAGAUGAUGUCGACACGCCGUGACCUCUACCUGCUCAUGCUCACCUACAGCAACCACAUGGACCACCUUGACACCAGCAACCUGGCCCGCUUCCUGGAGCUGGACCAGAAGAUGACGAAGGUAACCAAAGACCAUUGCAUUGAGAUUGUGAACAAAUUUGAGCCAUGCCCCGAGAACCAGAAGCAAGGGGUUCUGGGUAUUGAUGGUUUCACCAGCUACAUGCGCAGCCCGGAGGGGGACAUUUUCAACCCAGAGCACAACGUGGUGACCCAGGACAUGUCUCAGCCACUCUGCAACUACUUCAUCGCCUCGUCCCACAACACCUACCUGAUGGGGGACCAGCUCAUGUCCCAGUCCCGCCUCGACAUGUACGCCUGGGUGCUGCAGGCCGGCUGCCGCUGCGUGGAAGUGGACUGCUGGGACGGGCAGGACGGCGAGCCCAUCGUGCACCACGGCUAUACUCUCACCUCCAAGAUCCUCUUCAAAGACGUCAUCGAGACCAUCAACAAGUACGCCUUUGUGAAGAACGACUACCCAGUGAUCCUGUCCAUUGAGAACCACUGCAGCGUCCCCCAGCAGAAGAAGAUGGCCCAGUACCUGGUGGAGGUGAUGGGAGACAAGCUGGACCUCUCGGCCAUCAAGGCAGAUGAACGGGGCCGCCUGCCCUCCCCAGACAUCCUCAAAGGGAAGAUCCUCAUCAAGGGAAAGAAACUCCCAUCGAACAUUGACGAAGACAACGAAGAGGGUGACGUGACGGAUGAAGACAGCGCUGACGAGAUGGAGGACGACUGCAAACUGAUAAAUGGCGAUACGUCCAUGACCAGGAAGCAGGUGGAGAACGUGGCUAAGAAGAAGCUGGACAACCUGAUGAAGGAGUCUAAGAUCCGUGACCAGGAGGACCCCGACAGCUUUACCCUCGCUGCUCAGCCCCUAUCGGGAAAGACCACCGACAAGUCACCCUCCAAGGGUAAAGGUGAUGAUGGUGCAGAAAUAGGGGACGAAGCCAACCCCAGCACUAACAAGCGUCUGGGUAGGACCUUCAUGGGCAGCUUCUCUAAACGCAAGAAAAAGGCUGUCAAGCUGAAGAAGACCAACAGCCUUGAAGACAUUGACACAGACCAGGAAAGCACCAGCAGCGCCACCCGGGCCCCCCUGCAUCACAGCAGGAAGAAGACCAUGAAGCUGACCAGGGCUCUGUCAGACCUGGUCAAAUACACCAAGUCAGUGGGCGUCUCCGACAUAGAGAAGCAAGUCGCCAGCUCCAGUUGGCAGGUGUCUUCUCUGAGCGAGACCAAGGCCCACCAGAUCAUGCAGCAGAAAGCUGACACCUUCAUCCACUUCAACCAGCGGCAGCUCUCGCGCGUCUACCCCUCCUCCUACCGUGUGGACUCUUCCAACUUCAAUCCCCAGCCCUUCUGGAAUGCUGGAUGCCACCUGGUGGCGUUGAACUACCAAUCAGAGGGGAGAGUUCUCCAGCUGAACAGAGCCAAGUUCAACAGCAACGGCAACUGUGGCUUCAUCCUGAAGCCGGCCUGUAUGUGUGAAGGUGCCUUUAACCCCAUGAUAGAGGAUCCAUUUCCAGGGCAGAUGAAGAAGCAACUGGUGCUGAAAAUCAUGAGUGGGCAACAGCUACCGAAGCCCAAAGACUCCAUGCUGGGGGACAGAGGAGAGAUUAUUGACCCCUUUGUGGAGGUGGAGAUCAUUGGUCUACCAGUGGACUGCUGUAAGGAACAGACCAGGGUGGUGGAUGACAAUGGUUUUAACCCCAUGUGGGAGGAGACGCUGGUGUUCACGCUGCACAUGCCCGAGCUGGCGCUGGUACGUUUCCUGGUGUGGGACCAUGACCCGAUCGGCCAGGACUUCAUUGGCCAGCGCACCAUCGCCUUCAACAGCAUGAUACCAGGUUAUCGCCACGUGUAUUUGGAAGGUAUGGAGGCGGCCUCCAUCUUUGUUCAUGUGUCUGUACAUGACAUCACUGGUAAGGGCAAGGUGACCAGCGGCAUCAAAGGGCUGUUUCACAGAAACCCAAAGCAGGUUUCUCUCGACAGCCAUGCUGCUGCACAGCUUAGUCAUAAGCACACGUUCGGCGCCCACCUGCUGCGCCGCACGGCCAGCGCGCCCACCAAGGUCCUGCCCAAGGUCAAGGAGGGUUUCCCCGAGAUCGCCACCGACACCAAAGACUACCGCUCAGAAGACACCAGCGAGGACCGGGAGUUAGAGGACAGCCACCUCAUUGCUUCCUCCCAGCCCCCGCUGCUCCACCAGGGCACCUGGGACACCACGGCCGCCGUUGCCCCCGCCGCAUCACGCCAAGGCACCAACAGGCACCAUGGCACCAACGAGGCUUUCCACCCCGACGAGGGCAAAGACCCUUCCACAGUGCAGAGACCAGCUCCCCCUAUUCGACUGCUCGCACCAAUCGCUGAUGAACUGGGGGACCACCAUCUCACUCACUCCUCUUCCACUCCAGCAGACCACUCAUCCACACGUCACUCUCCACUUCCACCGCUCCCUAUAUCCACAGCAAUCACCAUCUUCACCUCAUCCCCGGCUUCUAAGAGUGAGGCGGACAGUCCCGUUAACGGUAGGGGGGAGGAGGGUCCAGUUAACGGUAGGGGGGGAGGAGGGUCCCGUCAACGGUAGAGGGGAGGAGGGUCCCGUUAACGGUAGAAGGGACAACAAGAGACCACCUGCCCUUCACAGGACUACCUCGGCCCCUGUGACACAUGACCCCAAAGACCUGAAACCCUCACAGUACAGCGGAGACCCCCGGGUCGAUGAUGGCACCUCGUCACCAGUGGGGCACUCUGCAUGCCGAGUGGAAGCACCGUAUACAAAGGACGAUGCUGAACUCAAGACUGAGCUAAGUGCAAAGUCCCCUGUUCCUCUCGCCGACCCCUCUGUAGACGCCAGCCCUCUGAAAGUCCAGGCCCUGAGAGCUCUGUUUGGCAGCAGCCCAUUGAACUCGCCUGUCAGAAGGACCAAAAUGGAGGGCCACGUGCAGGCGGUGGCUGGGGGGCAGCAGCCGUCAUCAGCCAUGCCAGAGAUGUGCACCGACGCCACCCUGAACGACCGGCUGUGGAGCAAGCUGGAGCCCAAGCCAGGCAGCCACAGAGACAGCGUGUCCUCAUCCUCCAGCAUAUCGUCCAACGACACCGUCAUUGACCUGUCUCUGCCCAAUCUGGCCAGGAAGAGCCUCACCUGUCAGAGCAACGGAACCUCCCCGGGCGACAUCUUUCCGGACCCACCCUCCUGGGUCAACCGGCCAUGCUCUGCCAUAGCCUCCUUCGAGGCGCUGCAGGUCAGCAAGAGCAAGUCCAACCCCAACCUCCUGCAGGGCCACCUGGGGGAACCAGAAGACAAACUGCAACCCAGGCCCCUCUGCGCCCCCAGGGAGCCUCCAGUGGAGUCAC